AUGUCUUUGCUACGUUGGCCGUGCCGUACUACUCAAAUGUCUGUCUGCAUCAAUUAUAAUUGUCUCUCUUAUUUUCUCGCAUUCACUUCCUCUCUCUUUUUGAUGUUUUAUCCAUUCUUCCAUUUUUUCCUACCCUCUCAUCGAAUAGUUCUCUUUAUUCUUCUCUUUCUCUCUCUUUUGAUGUUUUAUCCAUUCUUCUCCUUUUUCCUACCCUCUCAUCGAAUAUCUCUCUUAUUCUCUCCAUUUCUCUCUCUUUUGAUGUUUUAUCCAUUCUUCUCCCUUUUUCCUACGCUCUCAUUUAAUAGGGCCUCUCUCUUAUUCUCUCUCUUUUUCUCUCUUUUUGAUGUUUAUUCAUUCCAUUUUAGUGUCUUUUUUGUUUUCUCUCUCUUUUUGAUGUUUUAUCCAUUUUUGUCUUUUUUCUAUCUAGGCUCUUCUCUUCUCUUUUUUUCUCUCUUUUUGAUGCUUUAUUCAUUCUUUUCCUUUUUUGCUACCCUCUCAGUCUCUGUUUUCUCUCUCUUUUUGAUGUUUUAUCCAUUUUUGAAAAUAGUGUCUCUCUCUCUGUUCUCUCUUUCUCUCUCUCUCUCCAUUCUUUUUUUUCAUCUGUAG